GUGUAUCAAUUUUCAUUUUUGAAGAAUCAAGAGGAUAAGAAGAAAAGCUCAGUAUGAAGAGCACAUCAAUUUCCUCAUUACUUCCAUACCCAAAAAUCCUCUUCAGCAAAAGAGCAUUUCCCCCAAUUAAUUUCUCAAGCACAGCUCCAUUUUCAGGGCAGGUAAAAUUUCUAAGCAUAAAUUGCAGUAAUAGCUCGGAAAAUGGUGACAUGGGGAAUUUGAAGGAUGCAUUGACUGGUAUAGUGGACGAAAGAGUAGAAGAACUUUUGAAGAGGGAAGAAAAUAGGGUCUUACUUGAUGGGUUGGAGAAAGCAACGCUGAGAGUAGAAAUGGCAAAGAAAGAACUUGCUGAAAUUGAAAGACAAGAAUUGGAGGCUAAAUUGCUAAAGGUUUAUAUCACCCAGCUCGAAACUAGAACUUCCGAGAUUGCAGAAUGCCAGAAAGAUAUUUUAGAAGCAAGAGCAAUGAUUGAAGAGGCUGAGCGUUCCCUCAACGUUAGUGGUGAUGCUAGAAAGAGAGAUGCAACAGACGGGGAUGUAGUGAAUAGAGAUGAGGAAAGAGUAGAAUCCAUAAAAGCAGCUUCACUUUCUGCAAUUGUUGGCACACUUGCAGGACUUCCCAUUUUCUUAAGUCGGAUUUCCAGCAGUUCUGAGCUAAUACUCCCUCUGUCAAUCACAUUUAUUAGUUGUGCUUUGUUUGGUGUAACCUUCCGCUAUGCUGUAAGAAGAGACUUGGAUAAUUUUCAACUCAAGUCAGGAACAUCUGCAGCAUUUGGCGUUGUCAAAGGCCUUGCUACACUUGGAGGUGGACCACCAUUGGAGUUGGAUGCAGCCAGCUUCUGGUCCCAUGCUCUUGAUGGCGCGGUCUAUGUCUCGGAGAAUCUUUUGAUCUUCCUUUUUGCUGGAGUUGGCCUGGAUUUAUGCUUUAAGCUGAGGAUUUUGAGCCCUUUCCCCAUUGAUAGAUCAAUUUCAGAGACCGAUAAAAUUUAAACACCUUGUUGCCUAUUUAUUAUUUCUAAGUGUAUAUACACACCCAGUAAAUUAACUUUGUAACAAUUGCUAUAAAUAGAAUUAUACUUGACAA